GUAUUUCUUGGCCUCACCUUUUCUCUCACUAUAUAUGUGUGGCCUCCUCCUCACAAGUAAGAAGAGCACAGGAAGAUAGAAAUCCCUUCUGCAAACCAAUCAUUCAAGAACUUGUCUGAAUUGACAGCCUGUGCAGGUUUUCACUCAGUGCACGACUUCGUCAAAAGGGGGAUACACAUGGCGGCUGACGGCGGGCUGAGGCGGCUGUUCGAGAAGCCGCUGCCGGAGAACCCGACGCUGCUGGAGGCGCUGUCGGCGUGGAACCGCGUCCACCCCAAGAGGCUCGUAGACCCGGCCUCCUUCACCGAGAUCUUCGGUGAGCUCCACUUCCAAGAGAAGCAGCAACAUCAGCCGGACCACGUUGCCCGGGCAGGCCUGUUGCCGCCGCCGCCGCGUCCCCCACCACCUCCUCCUCCUCGCGCCGCCGCAGCUUCCUCGUCGUGGAUCGACGUCGCUAGCGAGAAGAGCAAGGAUGACUUGUCGCUGGACGCGCUGCUCAGGCCGCCGAAGCCCACGCCGACGGUGAAGAGGAGCGCGAGCUUCUCCUUGAAGAAGAGCCCCUCCGCGUCGUCCCUGCUGCUCUGCACCGAGGGGCUCGGCUCCGAGAGCACCUUCGACGUGCUCAGGGACGACGAGGACGACGUGCUAGCCGCCGCGCUCCGCCGCCAAGAGGAGACACGCGACGACGACGCCAGCGCGGCGAAGGAGGAGGAGAAGGAGAACCAGCGGCCACCGCCGUCGUUCCCGCCGCCGAUACGGUCGAUCAGCCGCCGCGGCGGGAAGCCGAGCGUGUGCUUCCGGUCGUUCCGCGCGGAGGGGCGGUUCGUGCUGGUGCAGGUGGUCAUACCCGGGAAGGAGCUGCUGCAGGCGUCGCGCGAGGGCGGCCGGCUCAGGCUGCAGUUUGCUAGCGCCGCCGCACACGCGUAGACGAAGACAACACGAUCGAGAUCAUCGUCGUCCAGUAUGCAUCCAUCGUCUUGGGGUUGGGAUCAGGAUUCUGGAGUGCAUGGUUUUGUAACGUGACUGAAUUAAUCGUGCGAGAGUACCAAUCAUUAAUCGAACAUAUAUUUAUCGUGC